UGCGUUGCUUAUGCAAAUAAUCUGUAUGCUGAAAUUAGUGAAAUGCGUAAGGAUUCUGAACAAUCGUUUAAACUAAUUUUUGAAUCAGUUAAAACAAUAGCCGUAGAAUUAGAUUUAGAAAUCAAAAUUCCGCGUUUGGCGAAACGGCAAACUAAUCGCGACAAUUGUGAAGGUGAACCGGAAGAAUAUUACCGCAGAUCAAUUUAUAUACCGUUUUUAGAUCAUUUUUUGGACCAAAUCAAUGAACGAUUUUUAAAACAUCGAGAGCUGCUUUCCAAAAUUGAAAACAUUUUGCCAAAUAAAUGCAUAAAUCUUGACGUUAUUGAGAUGCAGGAGACUGUUCGUGUUUUAGAAAAGCAAUGGUCCGCUGAUGUAGAAUCGCGCUGA